AUGAAUUCCACUCGACAAGAGCGAAAGUCUUGCGAAGCCUGCAGGCAACGGAAGCUCAGAUGCUCAGGCGAAAAGAGCGGUUGCUCCCGCUGCCGGGGCUUGUCGUUGGCUUGUAGAUUCAAAGACAAAGGGAAUCCUGGAAGGCCGAAAAAGCGUCUACGACAAGAGUAUCAAGACCGGGAUUUGCCGAACAGAGAGGAGCGAACUGGAUCUUUAGCAUCUGUCGCCCCUCAAACGGCUUUGGGCUCUCAGGAGGCCAUCAAUGUGUUAAUGGGGCCCUCAUUGCCAUGCGAGCUGCCUGGAAACUGCGGAUUCGAUUCCUUUGACUGGGAGACGCUUGGAAGCGGCGAUAUUCGUUCCUUUCCCGUGGAGUUAUGGCCGGCACCGCAUCAGAACGGAUUGAGUAAUCCCGAGAUAGCUCCAAUACCCUUGGAUGCAAACCUCUCUCCCGUGUCACUAUCACAGUAUUGUAAAUGCGACGAGGAGGUUUCCACUACCAUCCGGAACCUGGGCCGUGCAGACAUGUCGCACUCUAUCAUCCAGAUGCUUCGCACCGGAAUAUCUCUCACAGAGAGGCUACUGACUUGUCCCAUCUGCUACGAUGUGUCCAAACCACCUCGAGUGACGGUUCAAAAUGUUCUUCUUAUCGGCCAUCUCAUGUCUGAAAUAACAUCCGGCUACCAAAAGUAUCUACGCUGGUUGAAGACCCACUGUACUGAACUCGAUAUCAGAAACGAGAGGGAACCCAUCUAUCUUGAUUCUGGGUAUGGGAUGCCCUCAGAACUGCUAAAUUUACAAAUCAGCGGCGACAAGUUCAGAGACCUUGUCCUGCACGGCCUGCUCCAGACCGAUGCCGAACGGCUUUUGGCGCUGGGCGAAAAGUUUGCGCAACGGCAACGCAAUCGCCAUAUAGUUGGCCACGAAGCUUGCUCCGGUGAUUCUGAAGGGCGCUGUCUGAAAAAGGAGAGCAAUGGAGCUGAUCACGAUCCGCUUGAUCUCUGUCCACAGAAUCCUUUGGCGCCUAAGUUGUGGCCUUGUUUCCGUAUCGUUGAUGAGGUUCGAGGGAUGAUCAAAGAAGUUGUAGAUGCUGUUGUAUGA